UCCGCCCGGCCGCCGCUCCGCUCCCGUCCGCCCGGCCGCAGGUCCCGGGUCCCCGUUCUCCGACCGCGAAGAAGCCCGAGUGGCGAACUCAGUUCUGAAAUCCUGUUUCAGCUGCGAACAUCUCUGCCCAGGCAGCACCCUCCUCCAUAUCCUUAUGGAUGCUCUCUGAAUCUUCCUCAGGCAGCCAUUCGUCCAGGACUUAUCAGGAAAUAAAACCCAAGAAAUGCCUCAUUCCACAAACAAAGAACUGAUAGUUGGCAUCAUGGUGGGAACUACUGGAAUCAGCUUGCUUCUUUUGUGGUACCACAAGGUUCGUAAAUCAAGGACAACACUGAAUUUACCUAAAUUUCUUUCUCUGGGUACUAAGUUUGAUUCCAUAACUUUUCAAGAUGAAAUGUAUAAUGGCCAAGGAACAGCAGCAAUCUUUCAAAGAAGGCAGCUUCAGAUAUUGGAGAAGUUAAAUGAAUUACUGAUAAAUAUGGAAGAACUCAAAGAGGAAAUCAGAGUUCUUAAAGAAACCAUUCCAAAGCUGGAGGAAUAUAUACAAGGUGAACUUGGAGGGCGGAUAACUGUUCAUAAGAUAAGUCCUCAGCACAGAGCUAGAAAAAGAAGGCUUGCCACAGUUCAAAGUUCUGGAACAAGUAAUAGUUCAGAGGAAGCAGAAAGUGAAGGAGGGUAUAUUACAGCUAAUACUGACACAGAAGAACAGAGUUUUCCAGUCACUAAGGCAUUUAACACACACAUAGAGGAGUUAAAUUUAGAUGUCCUUCUUCAGAAGGCUGAUAAUUUACGUAUGAAUGAAUGUAGCAAGUUGGAGAGUUUCGAACUACUUUGUGAUCACAAAGAAAAGUUUAGAGAUGAAAUAGAGUUUAUAUGGCGGUUAGCCCGUGCUUAUGGAGACAUGUAUGAGCUAUCUACUAACGCACAAGAAAAAAAACAUUAUGCUAAUGUCGGAAAGACAUUAGGGGAGAGAGCUAUCACUAGAGCACCCAUGAAUGGACAUUGUCAUCUGUGGUAUGCGGUUCUGUGUGGCUAUGUAUCUGAGUUUGAGGGCUUACAAAACAAAAUCAACUAUGGACAUCGCUUCAAGGAACAUUUAGAUAAAGCAAUCCAAUUUUUACCUGAAGAACCCUUUUUGUAUUACCUCAAAGGAAGAUACUGUUAUACUGUCUCAAAACUGAGCUGGAUUGAGAAAAAGAUGGCUGCUACUCUGUUUGGAAAAAUACCAUCCUCAACUGUAGAAGAAGCUUUGCAAAACUUCCUUAAGGUUGAAGAACUACACCCUGGUUUUUCUAAGUCCAAUUACUUGUUCUUGGCCAAGUGUUACAUCGAUCUUGAACAAACAGACAACGCUGUGAAGUUUUGUAAUUUGGCAGUGUUGCUUCCUUGUGUUACCAAAGAGGAUACAGAUGCACAGAGAGAAGUGAAAAAAAUAACAAGUUCCUUGAAGAGUGACCCAUCGAGAUACCCAGAUCGGUUCGACUGAUUCUUGCCCAAACUCUGACACCCAGUCUCACGUUGACACUGCUGGCUGGAAGGGACAGGAGGCUCAGUAGGUCCCUGCACAGAGCCCUGGUGUCCACAGGCUACGAUGCCUCUGGCUUUCUCUAAACAGCUCCAGGAACGGUGAUUGUCACUAGCAGCAAAUGACAGAAUCAACCACGUUGUGGGAGCAGCUCAUCCCAGCAGAGAGCAGUGCAGAGACUUCUGCUAGGAAUUAUGAGGGACAGCUAAGCGAUCUCCGUGUGUUUUAACAAAAUUCCUGUUGGGUCCCUGGAGUCAAUAUGCCUUCAGGGGACAGACUGAUGUCCCUUGGUUAAGUGAUCCUGUUUCUGGAUAAGGACCCCAAUGGGAAUGUAACACUCCUAAAAGUUACUUGAACCUUUAAAGCAUUCAGAAUUGUUGACACACUUACCAAUUUCUUCAGUAGGAUGUUAGCAGAGGAAACCUCCCCCUCGUCAUGUUAUACUGGAUCCCCUUCAUGCUGUCUGGGUCACGACGGAACAGUCUCCACGUUCAGUCUGCCCCCGUGAAAAGCGGAGUCUUUUUCUCAGCGGGCAGCACUGUUUUACUUCUGCAGUGAACUUCGCACGAAGGGAGUCAUGAGAACUGGCUGUAGCUUUCUUUCUAUGGUUACUUCACUCCACUCGUGCCGCUGACCUGGGAGAAGACAGAAUCGCUCCAGAGCCCUUCCGGAAUGAUUUCUCCCCGGGGGGUCCCUAAGGCCAAGCUAGUGACCCGUCGGCCACCACAAGCAAAAUACGCAGACUCUUAAACUCCAUGCAAUUCGCAAGGUUAUCUUUCUUACUGAAUAAUGAAUGAUCUUUGCUGGAACGUGAAAAACUCCAUUGUGCCUAAUAGUUGUCAAAAAGCUUCUCAUUUGAUGUUAUUUGUAUGAUUUUGAAUUAUAAAAAGCAGUGUUAACAGCUGCAUGUGACCAUGGAGACAGUCUUCUAGACCAACCUCAUUUUCCUUUCUCAUCUAGAUCAGAGUCUAAGCUCUGAUGCAUAAAUCACAUGGAAGGGGUCGGGGAGCUGGGGACUGGCCGAGACAGGACUGGGUUCCAGCUCUCGGAAUCUUGUGCUUUCUGCGGUCUUCUCUGAGCCCAGGACUUUUUACAUUUAACUGAUUGGAGCCCAGCCUGUCGGUGGUAGAUUAGGGGCUCUGGGAAUGGUAACACUGCAGGGUAUUAACCCAUGGUUCUGCGUAUUUCAAGUGCUUUACCUACCACAGUGGCCUGAUGAAAACGAACAUUUGGUAUUACCCUAUUUACAGAUGGGGCAGCUAAAGCAGGAGGCAUUAAAUACCAUAUGGAGCACGGGAUGAGAUUUGAACUUGGGCAGUCUGCUCCAGUCCGCGCUAUAGUCUGAACCGCUGUGCAAUCCUGCCAGCAAAUGGGGGUCAAGGGGAUGUGGGGGUAAAUUAUAGAAGGUAGAAGGAGAAAAGGGGGGAAAGGACAGGAAAGGAAGAAAGGGUUUAGUAAGAAAGGAAUGGUAGAGAGAGAUGGUAAGGAAAGAAGGAAGAGAGCAAAGGUGAAAAAAUCUUUCUUGUAGUUUUUGGAUAUUGAUACCCAUUUUCUGUUUCAUAUGUUUCCAGCAACCUGUUGUGUAUCUUCCCUUUUAUUAAGUCUGUUUUCACAUUCGCCCCCUUCUCCUUUCCCACGAUAAGGAAGGAGGGGGAAAGGAGGUGGUGAAACCUGCUUUCAGUGACUCGUUCGCCUCGAUCUGUGUCGUGGGAGAGCCUCAGUGGAGACUUUACGACCUAUUGUUGGGCAGUUAACAACAAUAUUUCAUUUCCCAAUUAAAGACAAGUCACAUUUUAGAACCAAAUAUUAUUCAUAUCUUGCUGUUUCAUGACUUCUGUAGCUCCCAAACUAGGAUUUUGCUCUGGGUGCCCAAAGUCGCAUCCUAAGCUUUUUAAAAAUAACUUUAUUGGGGUGUAAUUGGCAUUCCACAAUGCACAUAUUUCAGGUGGAUAACUUGAUGUGUUUUGAUCUAUCCAUCUAUAUAUAUAUAUAUCCCUGAAACCAUCACCACAAGAUAAUAGACAUUUCCAUCACCCCAAAAGUUUCAUCACACCCGCUUGCAACCCCCCAACUCUCCCUGCACCUCCAUCCCCAAACGACCACCGACCUGCCUUCUGUCACCACAGAUUGUAUUUUCUAGACUUUUGUAUAAUUAAGAUUGUACAUUAAUUAUGUUUUUUCUUUUCUUGUCUGAUUUCUUUCAACAAAAUUAUUUUGAGAUUCGUUCAUCUCAUCAUGUGCACUAAAAGUUUGUUCCUUUUUAUUACCGGGAGAUUUUUAUUGCAUGGAUGUACCACAGUUGUUUCUCUUUAUUCAUCUGUUGAACAUUUGGGGAGUUUCCAGUAUUUGAUUAUUACAAACGAAUCUAUGAAUAGUCAUAUAAAUUUUUUAAGUGGACAUAUGCUUUCAUUUCUCUUUGAUAAAUACAUAGGAGUAGAAUGGCCAAAUCAUGUGGUUGAUCUCUGUUUAGCAUUUAAAAAAAUGGUCAGACUGUUUUCCAAAGUGGUUAUCCCUCCCCCCAGCAAGGAAUCAGAGUUCCACUUCCACCACCUUAUUAACAACUAGGUAUCGUCAUUCUCCAUAAUUUUAACUACUGUUCUGUGUGCAGCGAUUAGGGUUUAAUUGGGUCUAAUUGGGGUUUUAGUUUGCAUUUCCCUAAUGGCAAAUUACACUGAGCAUUUUUU